GUGAUUUCUUCGUCAUUGCAAAUCAGUGAUGAAAGCCGGGAGUCAAUCAUCAGCCGGAAUCCCUCUCUUAUUCCAAUAGUGUGGCAAAGAGCAAUAUGGAUAUCCAAGGAAUCAGUUACCUAUACUACGAUACUAGGCUCUUCAGCCUCAACCACUCCGACUGUGUAAUGCACUGUGCUCAAGAGUCCUAAUUGAAUUGAUACGACCUAUCAAUGCACGUGCAGCUUCCCCUUUUAAGAAGACCGAGAUCUUCCCCACAAUCUUUCCCCAGACUUCAAUUCCAUUACAUUGGGUUGAUUACUUUAUUGAUUCCAAUUUGCACUCUUCCUCCCUCAGAGCAUCAAUGAUUCAACAAGGAGCAGUCGGAGACCUCGAGGCCCACGCAGAUUCGGCCGGGACGCUCGAAAAGACGCCAACAAACAUGACAGACGCGAAGCUUGGGCAGACAGAGACACACAAGACUGAUGCUGUGUUUGGCGAGAUCACAGAUGCUGGACCUGAUUACCGUAAUGUCGGUUGGAUAGGGACCACCAUUCUUAUGAUGAAGACUCAGGUUGGAUUGGGGGUUCUCUCCGUGCCAGCUGUGUUCGACACACUUGGAAUUGUCCCGGGCAUCAUCUGCCUCCUCAUCAUCGCCGUGACGAGUUCUUGGGCAAAUAGAAUCGUUGGCUUGUUCAAACUCAAACAUCCCGAAGUCUACGGAAUCGACGAUGCAGGGUACAUGAUGUUUGGAAGGUUCGGGAGGGAAUUCUUCGGGCUGAUAUUCUCCUUGUUCUUUGCCUGCGUUGCUGGCUCAGGCAUGCUCAGCUUCGCCAUCGGGUUGAACGCUGUUUCGACCCACGGCGCUUGCACAGCUAUUUUUGUAGCGAUCGGUGCCGUCGUCGGCUGGGGCUGUGGGAGUGUGCAAACGCUCGGCAAGAUGGCCUGGAUCGCAUGGGUCGGAGUGAUCAGUAUCUUCGUUGCUGUGUUCUCCCUCACGAUUGCCGUCGGUGUACAAGAUCGUCCCGCAGCCGCUCCGCCCGGGACCGUCUGGAAGUCAGACUAUAAAAUUGUGAACAAUCCGUCGUUCGCGCAAGCCUCUUCUGCUUUGACAUCACUAGUGUUCGCAUAUGCAGGCACGCCGGCUUACUUCAAUAUCGUUGCCGAGAUGCGGGACCCACGAAUGUACACACGAGCACUUGUUGUUAGUCAGAGCAUCACCACUGCUCUGUACAUCACUAUCGGGGUUGUCGUAUACUACUACUGUGGAUCGUACGUGGCAUCGCCAGCCUUAGGAUCAGCUGGAGCAGUGAUGAAGAAGGUGAGCUACGGUAUCGCACUGCCUGGUCUUAUUGUCGGUGUCACACUCUCCACUCAUUACACAGCCAAGUACAUCUUCGUCCGCCUCCUACGAGGUUCCGAGCAUCUCAGUGGUAACACAGUAAAGCACUGGGUCUACUGGCUUAGCUGUACGUUAGGUGUGGCCAUAUUUGCGUACGUUAUCGCGAGUGCUAUUCCUGUUUUCGGCAGUUUGGUAUCUUUAGUCGGUGCGCUGCUGGGUACACUGCUCAUCUUCCAGCCUAUGGGCUGUAUGUGGUUCUACGACAAUUGGAGCGAAGGGAAAGAAAAAAAGUCGCUAAAGUGGAUCUUGAUGGUAUGCUGGAGCACAUUCAUCAUCAUUGGGGGGACAUUCCUGACGAUAAGCGGCACCUAUGGCUCCGUAAUUGCCAUUAUUGAGGACUACCGCGCUACAGGAGGUUCGGCUGCUUGGUCUUGCGCCGACAACUCAAACUCUACGUAAAAGAGAAAGACUAAGAUUUGCGGAAGAGAGAAAUUGUACAACUCAUGUAUUCUUAUACCUAGCCUGGGUCUACAGGGACAGGCGCCAACAUUGUGUGAGUUUGGAAGCAAUAGAUAAGCCGUCAAUGUUGCAC